AACAGCAGCACCAGGACCUUUGAAAGAUCCGUGUCCUGGAAGUCCUGCUGGGGAAGCAGUGGAAAGAACACCAGCUUGGGAAUCAGAAGACGCUCCUCUACCUUCAGUUCUAAGACCAACCGGCUUCCGCCCCUGCCUCGGAGUCUCCCGUCCCCUCCUGGCAAAGAAUGCAGACCCAAGAGACAGGCGUCCAGUACAGCAGGUGGAAUGACAACAACAGGGAUGAGGUCAGCGUGACUUUGUCCAGUUCGGAGGCGUCCGCCUGUCACAGGCUCUACGGGAAGCUGUGCACGGGGAAGCUGGGCAUCGCCAUGAAGGUGGUCGGAGGCCUCGGGCUCUUCUGGAUCAUCUUUAUCAUCGGCUACGUCACGGGCUACUACGUCCACAAGUGCAAAUAGCCGGGCCCGGUGCGCGGGGGAUGCCAGCUUGCCCCUGUUGUGGGAAGCCAGCUUUGUGUCUGGUCCUGCUGUGGGGGAGAGCCUGUGCCCGCGUGUAUACACACACUCACCCACCCUCCCACUCCUCAGCCCGCCCAGCUCCCAGCCACCUCACUGCUGCCAUGAGAAACCUGGAGGGUGCCGGCUGAUCCCAGGGGGUCGCCCGUGCCCCGGCAAGACAGACGCUCAGGAAAGAACCCAUUGGUGAGCAGGGG